CCCAAGCAGAGCCCACCCAAGGGGCUGAGGAGGUGAGAGCUGAGCCGAGAUUGCCCGGAGAUGGCGAGGAAAAAACCUCCCCAGAGGAGACGUCGUGAGGCCUCCAGACGCUGCCUGGGGUGUGAGGAUGAGGUGGCAGAGGUGACUGUGGAGCUGAGAAGCAGCAGUGAAGAUGCUCCACUCACUGCAGCUCUGGUGACCCUUCAUCUGGAAAAGGCCAAAGAAAUUGCAAGGACGUUCUUGAGGCUGAUUUGCCAACUGACAGAUGACCUUGUCUUCCUGGGGAGAAAUCAUCUGAGCCCAUACAUCCUCAAGGCGCAAAAGAUGGUCCAGCAGAAGAAGAGGUUUAAAGUCUAUGCCUUGUUGCUCUCAGUGUAUCUUGCUGGUGUUUUCUGUGGGACCUCCCUGCCAGCUUGGACACUGCUGACAAAGGGCCUGAUGCAGGAGCUGACAAGUGUAUUUCCAGCAGGCCUGAAGACCUUCUGGAAUUCGGACAAGCUGACUGAAAUCCAAAAGUUGCAGCUUCUGCUGGAGGAGCUUUCCCAAGAAUUGACCAGGAUGACUUUGGAAUCCUAUGUCAAGACUGACUGGGCCCUGAAGAGCUCUGGAGCCACCAUUGACACCCAGAGAACUUCCCAGACCUACGACUGCAGAGAGAGUUGGGUCUGCAGGAUUUUAUAUUUCUUCUGGACUGCCAACCCUCCUGAUACUAUUCUGCAGCCAAAUGUUUCCCCAGGAAGCUGCUGGGCUUUCAAAGGGCAUGAGGGCCAGGUGGUCAUCAAGCUGCCAGCACGAGUCCACCUUACUGCCAUCACAGUGCAGCACAUCACCAAAGACGUCUCUCCGAGUGGCACCGUCAUCAGUGCCCCCAAAGACAUCGCUGUCUUUGGAGUGGAUGCAGACGGAGAAGAGGAAUCUCUCCUGGGGACAUUCACCUACAACGUGGAAAAAGAGCCCAUGCAGACCUUCCCUCUGAAGGACGUGCUGCCUCCCAGAGCAGAAGCCUUUUCAUAUGUCAAACUCCUUGUGAAGAGCAACUGGGGAAACCCGUGGUACACCUGCAUUUACCGAGUGCAGGUUCAUGGAAGGAUGGAAAACCAGAAAGCCUCAACCGACAUCCAGGAUGAAUAAGGAAGAAAAUGCAGAAGAAGAAAGGGGUGAGGGGUGUGAGGG